GCUUCCGGGCGGCGGCGGCAGCGCGCGGGGGCUCGCGCGAGCGGCUGCGGCACCAUGGAGCACGGGGCCGUGAUGGAGACGUCGGAGCUGGGCAGCGCGGCCGAGGAAGAGGAGGAAAAGACAUCAGAGCCACGGCCCAGGACCCGCUCCAACCCCGAGGGGGCUGAGGAUCGUGCCCUGAGCGCCCAGGCCAGCGUGGGCAACCGCAGCGAGGGCGAGGGCGAGGCGGCCAGCGCCGACGACAGCCCGCAGGGCAGCGCCGUGCCCGACGGCACCGCCUGGCCCGGCCCCGCGCCCCACGCCGAGGUGCAGGUCAAGACACCCCGGGUCAACUGCCCAGAGAAGGUGAUCAUCUGCCUGGACCUGGCGGAGGAGAUGGCUGUGCCCAAACUGGAGUCCUUUAAUGGCUCCAAGACCAACGCGCUGAACAUCUCCCAGAAGAUGAUCGAGAUGUUCGUGAGGACGAAGCACAAGAUCGACAAGAGCCACGAGUUCGCGCUGGUGGUGGUCAACAACGAUGCCACGUGGCUCUCAGGGUUCACCUCGGACCCCCGCGAGGUCUGCAGCUGCCUCUACGACCUGGAGACCGUCGUCUGCAAGUCAUUCAAUCUGGAAGGACUCUUCAACCUGAUACAGCAGAAGAUCGAGCUGCCAGUGACAGACAACGUGCAGACCAUCCCACCGCCCUACGUGGUCAGAACCAUCCUGGUGUUCGGCCGCCCAGGCUGCCAGCCCCAGUUCUCCAUGUCAGAGCAGAUGAAGAAGAUGCUGCAGUGCCCUUACUUCUUCUUCGACGUGGUUUACAUCCACAACGGGCUGGAGGAGAAGGAUGACGAGACAAGCUGGAAGGAGAUGUACACCUUCUUCAGCAGCCUGGACACCAAAGGCACCAACUACAAGUACGAGGUGGCUCUGACAGGGCCGGCACUGGAGCUGCACAACUGCAUGGCCAAGCUGCUGGCACACCCCCUGCAGAGGCCGUUCCAGAGCCACGCUGCCUACGCCCUGCUGGGCGAGGACGAGCCCCCCGAGGCUGAGGCCACUGUCUGAGCCCACCCCCGGGCCCAAGGGGAGCUGAGGGGGGCUGCUUGAGGGUGCCCAUGGGGUGGGACUUGGGGAAGGCUGAAGAGAAAUGGUUUCAUGA